AUGGCACCUACAGUGAAACAUAUUGGUGGCAGUGUCCUUCUGUGGGCUGCAUGAGUGCUGCUGGUGUCGGGGAGCUGCAUUUUAUUGAUGGUAUCAUGAAUUCACAGAUGUACUGCUCUAUAUUGAAAGAGAAGAUGCUACCAUCACUCCACAAUGAUCUAAAACACACAUCUAAGACCACUGUUGCAUUUCUGAAGAAGUACAGUGAUUCAGUGGCCAAAUAUGUCUCCUGAUCUGAACCCUAUCGAACACCUAUGGGGAAUUCUGAAGAGACAAGUUGAGCAUCACUUUCCAUGCAGCAUCCAGGCUUUAACAGAGGUCGUUUUUAAAGAAUGGAAAAAGAUAGAUGUUGCAAUAUGUUGCCAACUUGUUCAUUCCAUGCCUAGAAGACUUGUGCUGUCCUUAAAAAUCAUGAAGGUCAUACAAAACACU